ACUCCUCCCCGGCUCACGAGGAAAGUCAGGAUGAAGUGYUGAGGAGGCGUCACGGAGACAAAGAGAAAAUGUUAGAGGAGCAGCGACGGCUGAAGCGAGAACAGGAAGAGGCCGACACGGCGUCGAGGCGACACACGAGCGUCGUCCCCACGCAUCAUCAGUUCAUCACCAACGAGCGCUUYGGAGACCUGCUGAACAUCACCGACAACACGGAGAGGAGGAAGUCAGGCGUGGAGAGAACUCCGGCUAUGGCUCGCUUCGACUUCAGAGCAGAAUCCCUGAAGGAGUUGCCGUUUCAGAAGGGAGACAUUGUUUACAUCAUUCGACAAGUGGAUCAGAACUGGUUCGAAGGCGAGCAUCACGGCAGAGUCGGCAUUUUCCCACGAAGCUACGUCGAGCUUCUCCCGCCCACAGAGAAAGCUCAGCCGAAGAAGAGCGCCCCGGUCCAGGUGCUGGAGUACGGCGAGGCCGUGGCCCGCUUCAACUUCAAAGGGGACACGGUGGUGGAAAUGUCUUUCAGAAAGGGCGAGAGGAUCACGCUGAUCCGCAGGGUGGAUGAGAACUGGUACGAAGGGAAAAUCUCGGGCACCAACCGGCAGGGCAUCUUCCCCGUCACCUACGUGGAGGUGCACAAGCGACCCCGCGUGAAGAACGGCGUGGACUACCCCGACCCCCCGCUCAGCCACUCUCCUCAGCGCAGCACCAACGCCUCCCCUCAGCUCUAUCGUAACCGCCUCACCACCUCCCCCCUGCCCCUCCCUCGCUCCUCCCGACGCUCCGUGUCGCCGGAGGUGCACGCCGUCUCCUCUGAGUGGAUCUCCCUGACGGUGGGGGGUGGGAGCCCCCCGGCUGCCCCCACCCCUCCUCUGCCGCCCCCGCCCACCGUGUUCUACCGCUGGGGCGAGUACCUGCCGCCGCCGUGCUCGGCCAGCCCCGUGCCCCACGUGGCCGGCAGCCCGUACUGUGUCUCCCCCGUGGGCUCGCCGGCCACCUCCCCCCUGCCCCCGCCGUACCCGCCCAGACCUGGCUCGGCCACGCCCUUCCUCACCUUCACCCCGCCCCAGGGCGAGAGCUUCCUGGCCUCCUCCUCCUCGCCGUACCUGUCGCGCAGCAUKAGCCCCUGCGGCGGGUCGGUGCUGGAGGGCUGGCUGAGGGGGGAGAAGGAGCUGACGGAGGGGGACGGCUUUGCCCCGGGCAACAGGAGAAAUAGCCCUGCAGAGUUUGUGAGGAACGAGGCUGACCAUCACAGCCGGAGCUCCAGGAGCCCUGUCAUACCUUUAGACGUCCAGGAUAACAACAACGCUAACUCGUUCGCGCAACCCCAGUCCCACAGCAGCAGUCCAGAACCGACCCGCCUCAGCUGUGGAAUUUUCCAGGCCCUGUACAGCUACGUGCCUCAGAACGACGACGAGCUGGAGCUGCAGGAGGGGGACAUGGUCAGCGUCAUGGAGAAGUGCGACGACGGCUGGUUUGUCGGUACGUCGAAGAGGACGAAGCAGUUUGGGACGUUUCCUGGGAACUACGUGAAGGAGGUGAAGCUGUAGCCGAACCGGACCCAGAAACCGGACCCGCCUGUCGAGAUCGGGAAGUCCUAACUAACUGCUGCAGGUUGGAUCUGACCCGGCAGAUGUAUUUUUUGUUUUGGGGAAGCGACCCUUUUGGACCGGGGAGACCACAUGGAUCACUUUCUGACAGAACUCAUCAUCUCCACGUGUGGAAAAAUUUAAGAAAUCACCUGGACUAACUUGUGUUGCACAAUCCAUAGCUUCCGUCGAAUCAAUCUGUAGAACACGAGUGUUUAUGUAGCAGCCUGGAGGCGGACAAACGGAUCCCAGAACCGGGUUUUAUUACCUGAAGUGGACUUGGGUGGAGUUUUUAGCUUUAGUUUGUUGUUGGGAUUGUUUCUUCUUGAGUCUUCAGACGUUUCCAUCCACUCACCAUGAGCGCUAACGUCAGAUUAAUUUUAGAACGACUUUAUUUCUCAGGGUUAACGGAUUCAACAUCAAACACCCCCACUAAUAUUUAACUAAACGUCAAUAAGUUCUUUUGUCUCAGUUAAAAUGGUUCUGGCAGAUUUCUGGUUGAUGUUUGACCAUUUGAACUGGUUAGUAAUGGUGGGCAUGCUUCCGCUAACCAGCUAAUAGCUAAUAGAGGAACAUAUUUUUCGUUUAGCGGAUUAGCUUUUUUCAUUAACUUAGAAAAAUGACAAAUUAGCUCCUGCUAAAUUAGGUUUUGUCAACUUUAAGUUUGCUAACAGCUAACUAACAUGCUAACAUCGACAGGUUUGCGUCAGUCCCACCAGUCUUUAGUUCGAAGGAGAUGAAGAUGUGCGACGCAAACUGACAGUCGUAUUACCGGUUAGUGAUUUGCUGUUAGCAUUAGCUUCCACUAAUUUUAUUUAUUUUUUAUAUGUUUAGCGGUUUAGCGUUAGUGAAGCUAUAUCUGAAGUUAGUGAGUUAACCAAAAUGGUAGCUUGAACUCAUCAUUUUCUAACUAAAAAUAUAGCUUUGCUAACRCUAAACAUGUAAAAAUAAAAAUAUCAGCAGAAGCUAAUGCUAAACAAGUCAAAAUUAGUGGAAGCUCAUUGCUAACUGCUAAGAGGACUGUCACUCAAUCUGCAUCUUUGUCAUUUUAGCUGAAGACACCUGGGACUAACACAAACCUGUUGAUGUUAGCUUAUUAGUUAGCUGUUAGCAGACCUAAAGAUGGCAAAGCCUAACUUAGCAGAAGCUAAUUGGUCCGCUAAAAGCUAACUAACAAACUAACAUCAAUGUGUAUGUUUGGGAUUAGCUGUUGUGUUAAUUUUUACUUAUUUAUAUGCUUAGUGUUAGCUUCCUUUAAUUUGUACUUUUGUUAGCUGUUUAGCGUUAGCUUCCGCUAAUUUUCUUUAUUACCUUGAAAAACCUACAGCACCACCCAUUAGGCUGUUUAAGAAAAGACGUAUUCUAUUCUUGACCAUCAAUAAAUUCAAUCUUUUAAUCUAUUAAAUUAAAGUUUAGUAAGUUAAACCAUCCUUCCACCUCUGAAGAAAGUGGUUCAGAGAUUUUUAAUUAAAUUAUUUUGACAUUUGUGCCUUUGAUGAGUGGAUCCAAACUUUAAAAGAUAAAAGUCCCCUUCAGAAACCAGUCUGUUUACAUUUUAUUUUUAUUCCUCGUGGACUCGGUGUGUCUUUAGACGAGCAUUACAGGUUUUUUAACUUGUGUAAUCUGGAUGCUUUAGAUACCGCUUCAGUAUUGCCUUGUUUUUCUAUGCAAAUACGGUUCUGCAGUUGUUAGCAUGGUCACAUGAAGAAGCCGAAUGUUAGCUGUUCAGCUAACACACGUGUGCCGGGUGCACGGCUCAUAAGAGUGAAGCAAAACUGUGUUUACCCAUACUCAUUAUCAGAAACUGUAAAUUUAUCCUUUAAAACUUUCAAUGAGAACGUAUACUGAGCUUGUUUGAUUGUUGUGGCGAGUGGCCGCCACCAGGACAGGCGUAGUUAAAUUUAACUUCCUGUUGGGGUUUUUAGGAACAUCCUGACUAACAAUAUGAAACAACUAUAAUUUAUAGUGAAAGAUAACAGCAAAGUGUUAGAAUCUGAUAAAACAUUCUGAGAUUUUAACCAUUUUUUAUUUAUCAAGAUGUCUGUAAUUACGGGUGUAACGGUACGUUUUUACCAAACCGUCAUAGUAAAAAUGUCAACUUUUGGUGUAAUCAGAUGUUAGUCACCUCCCACACCUAGAGCUAAGCCGUUUUAUAUAUACAAGUGCUUUUUGCUAAAUGACAUGACAGAAAUAUUUAGAGGAAGUCAAAGCAGAGGUUCUCAAACUGGGGUCCGCGAGAGGUAUUAUGGGGGUCCUCAAAAAAUUUCACUAAAUUGUUAAUUUGGUUUUUACUUUUAAAAAUGCAUGGAGAACAAUGAACUAAUAAAACA